UUGAACAGAUCGCAGACGCCAUUACAUUACAGAGGGAAAUUUCUACUGUAGAACAAACAUUUGGAGGAUUUAACAAAGAAAACUGAAGAGACUGUAACUUGGUGAGUCUGCAACUUGAAGAAAAUUUGGAUAUCAGAUCAAAUGGCUGAGAAAAUUGCCCUUGUUGAAAGUUUCCUGACCUGCCAUGUGUGUUCAGAGACUUUCAGAGAUCCUGUGUCUCUGAGCUGCGGCCACAGCUUCUGUUCAAGCUGUCUGCAGAAAUUUUGGGAACAAGCUCAAAACAAAAACUGUCCCAUUUGUAAAAGAAAAUCUUCAAAGGAUUAUCCAUCCAUCAACCUUUCUCUCAAAGACCUUGCUGACUCCUUCGCUAAGAAUGAGAUUAAUGAUUCGCCUGAGACGGAGAAAGAAAAGGAAAAAGAGGAGGUGGUGUGUGAUAAACAUCCAGAAGUCCCUUAUUGGUUCUGUGAGGAUGAACAGAUAGCUGUGUGUCCUGUCUGUGAGUUUUCUCUCCACCAGAGUCACAAGGUGGUUCCUGUAGAACAAGCAGUCAGUGACCUGAAGGACCAGCUGAAAUCUGACUUAGAGUCUCUACAGGACAAGAGGAACAAAUACAAACAAGUGGAGAAAACAUACAAUGAAAUGAUUCAACACUCCAAGAAGCAGCUGUUGUCCACAGAGAAGCAGAUCAGAGCAGAGUUCAACAAGCUCCACCAGUUCCUGAAAGAAGAAGAGGAGUCCAGACUGGGAGCUCUGAAGGAGGAAGAGGAGCAGAAGGGGAAGACUAUGAGCAGAGAGAUGAAGAAGAUUCAGGAGCAGAUUUCCUCUCUGUCAGACAGUAUCUCUGCUGUUGAAGAAGACCUGCAGAAACACAACGUGUCAUUCCUCAGCAGUUAUAAACCCACUCAGACCAGAGCCAGAGCCCAGAGCUCACUGUCAGAUCCACAGCUAGUCUCAGGAGCGCUGAUAAAUGAGGCCAAACACCUGGGCAACCUGUCCUUCAGAGUCUGGGAGAAGAUGAAGGAGAAGGUCCACUUCAGUCCUGUUAUUGUGGACCCAAACACUGCAGCUUGCAGUCUCUUUCUGUCUGAUGAUCUGACCAGUGUGAGACAGGGAGACACAAAGCAGCAGCUUCCUGAUAAUCCAGAGAGACACACUAAGUAUCCCACUGUUCUGGGCUCUGAGGGCUUCAGCUCAGGGAAACACAGCUGGGAGGUGGAGGUGGGAGACCAUCCUGAUUGGUUAGUGGGUUUGGCUAAAGAGUCAGCUGACAGGAAGGGAGAUGUAGUUGCGACACCAGAAUAUGGAUUCUGGUGUUUAGUGCAUAAUAAUGGAAAAUAUACUAAUGGCGUUAAUAAGGCUGUCACAGAGAAUAAGAGUCUCCAGAGGAUCAGAGUCCAGCUGGACUAUGACAGGGGGGAGGUGUCCUUUUACGACCCAGAAGACCAGACUCAAAUCUCCACUCACAGAGACACUUUCACUGAGAAAGUCUUCCCAUUUUUUGAAAUUGGACCAGCUGGUGAUGCUAAAACCACUGAUAUAAAAAUCUGUUAA